AUGCCAUUCGUAAUGACUAUGUUUGGUCUCAUCUCUGCUUCAAUACGAGUCCGGCGUCGUGCGCGCCAACAAAUUCAAUACAAGCGGUCUCAACAAUACGAAAGAGACUACUCUACUACUACUUUAAAUAUCACGGCUUACAUUUUGUUCGUCAUUGCGUGGACACCCUACCUCGUCGUUAUUCACGAGUACCCUGGCGCUAGCGACUCUAAAUACUAUCAUUGCGCCUGGAUUGGCAUGUGCCGAUCUGUCAUCACUAGCUUUCUUUACGGCAUAUUGAACAGAAAUUUCAGACGCGCUUUCGCACAUCUUUUCAACUAUUGUUGCUGCAAGAGUACUCUUUCAGGUUCGUUUACCAAUCGUCACAGAAGGGCUUUGGAAUACAAACCUGCGACCGGCGAUGUAAGGGUCCACAUAAUGCACCAGGCUGUUCAUACUGGGAGCCCACAAAGAGCUGCUUCAUCUUCACGAGAGACCCAAGAGUUAUGA